UUGAAAAAAACACAAAUUUAAAGCUAAAAAAAUAUAAAAGUGAAAACUAAAUUUUAGUAAAAUUUGCAUUUCUUCUCUCUCAGAAUGUCAUUGUCAGCCAAAGAUAAUAUAAAGAAGGGUUCCACACAGUUAAGCCAUAUAUGUGAGCUGAAUAUCAAGAAACAGUCUUCACACCGUCGCCUUGUAUCUGUUAUUGCGACUAUCUCAAGGGCUUCACGUAACUCUGAAACAAUUUACAACAUGCUAUUGAAAGGCGUAAAUAUCUUUCGAUUGAAUUUUUCCCACGAGUCACAUGAAUCUCAUACUCAAACUAUUGAGCUAGUUAAUAAAGCCCUGCAACGUAUAAAGAACGAGUUAGGUCAAACCGUUUCUGUAGCAUUUGCUGUAGACACCCGUGGGCCGCAGAUUCGCACCGGUUUAUUGGAUGGUGGAAAUGAAAUUUUAUUACGUAAUGGGGAAAAUAUACGUUUAUCCAUUAAUCGAGAUCUUUACGACAAAGGAAGUAAGGAAGCCAUCUACGUGGACUACCCAAACAUUAUUAAUGUUGCAAAGCCAGAAGAUCGAGUUUUUGUUGAUGACGGAAAAAUAUUUCUAACUAUUCUCGAGGUUGGUGUGGAUGGGCUCGUCUGCGAGGUGAUUCAAGGUGGUGUUCUAGGCAACAAUUGCAAUGUUAUACUACCUGAAGUGGAGAUCGACUUGCCCGCUGUUUCUGAGAAGGACAUGGACGACUUACAGUUUAGUGUGAGGGCAAAUAUAGACAUUGUUUUCGCUUCGGGAGUGCGGAGUGCAAAGAAUAUUAAAGAGUUACGUUCUGUGCUUGGUGAUAAAGGCAAGUAUAUUAAGAUCAUAGCUAAGGUGGAUAGCAAGAUUGCACUGGGUCGAGUACCAGAAAUAAUGAGCGCAUCGGAUGGAUUACUUCUGAGCCGUGCCGAUCUGGGAACACAAAUACCAAUUGAAAAACUUUUUAUAACUCAAAAGUCGGUACUAGGUCAAUGUAAUAAGGCAGGCAAGCCAGUAAUAAUUGCAUCAAAUGUUCUCGAGUCGAUGCGUUUUAAUCCCUUUCCGACACGUGCAGAAUGCUUUGAUCUUGCAAAUGCAGUCAUUGACGGAGUUGAUUGCAUUAUGUUGUCAUCUGAGGUGGCGAUUGGCUUAUAUCCAAUUGAAACUGUAGGUAUUUGUGAUAUCCUGUGUCGUGAAGCAGAAAAGGUGGUAUGGUACCGCGAUCUUUUUGAGGACUUGGUUCAUGAAACGCAGGGGGAGCUGGAUGCUUCUCAUUCAAUAGCUAUAACUGCUGUUGAAACAGCAAGGCGCACAAAAGCUACACUAAUCAUAGCGCUCACUACAUCAGGACGGUCUGCGGCCCUACUAAGCAAGUUUAGACCUCGAUGUCCAGUUCUCGCAGUCACCAGAUACUGCGAUGAAAAUUAUACAAAUGAUGUUGAUGCACGAGUACGUUUCGCAUUAACAAGCGCGAAGAAAAGUGACUUAAUUAGUGAUGGUGAUCCUAUAGUAAUCGUUAGUGCAUGGAAAGACGGCGGAGGUUUUACUAACAAUGUCCGUGUUGUUUAUUCAUUCUUCGAAGCUGACCGUAUGGACUGUUUAUUUCGUGCUGAUCAAAAUAGCUCUCGGAAGAAUACUACAUUGCAAUCGAAACAAGGGAAAUCAGAUCCCCGUACAAUACUUUAGGAUUUUGCUUUUAAUUAAUUUGUUCAUUUAAGACCACCGUCUAUGAAAUUUAUGUUUUAAUAAUGACCCAGUCUGUUGAAGAAUACACAUAAAAUGAUUAAACCAA